CAAAAGGUCACCGAAGCCCCACAGCCGCCGCCGGGACCUCGCACGCGAUGCGCACGCGAUUGCACCGAGUGGUGGCCGAGCUCGCUCCGGACCGUCCCAAUGACCAUGACAAGGCCGGGGCAGCUGAGAGCGGUCAGACAAGCGAUCGCUUAGUGUCAGACACGGAAAGCCAAGAGGAGAUGGAAUGCCAUGUGAGAGUCAUCGAUCCUGGAGAGCCCGAUGUUUAUUUGGAUGCUUUGUGGGGACCCUUAUAUUUUAGGAUGGAGCGAAUACAAAAGGAGGGAGACGCGAGUGCUCGAGUCUCUGAUUAUUGGCUGGUAGGGCUCUUUCUCCUACUGAACCUUGCAUUACAGCUGGCUAUCUCGAUAAAGAUUGAUCAGGUGGGGCUGGAGACUUAUGGGGAUCUAGGCAACACGCUGAUGAAUGAUGCCUGCUGGAGAGUUUCACAGCAUCAGCAGUACGUGGGCUCACUCUAUCCAUCCGACAUAGAGGGUCUGAAUGAUGCAACAAACUUCGACUUUGAUUGCGUCCCGCCCAUCUUGACAUUGUCCAUGUUUCCCGACCAUUUGGACACAAACAAGGAUGGGCUUUGGUCGACGCAGGAAUGCGCAGCACUGGAAGCAAAGCUGAAUACCAUGGGUAGUGACAUGGCCAAAAACAUGACACAUGUCUUGAAGCGAAUGGCGAUCUUUGACCAAGAGAAGCGACCAGGAUCCAAGAGCAGUUCCAACGGAACCGUCUCCUUUCUCGACCUAGAGUUCUUCAAGACAUUUCAUGGCCGGAUACAGGCAUGCCUUCCAGUCGAUCCCAAUCUCUGUGGGAAUCUGGAAGUUCGGGGAAAGCUCUUCGGCAUGCUUCCCUGGCUGGACACUGCACAUCAAAGAGUUGAGGAGUGCAGAAACCAAUUCGAAUCCUUUUGCUCGAAGAUUUUUGGAAAGGACUAUGAUUGGAUCCACUACCAAACCUCCAAGCACUGCGGCGAGGCUGAAUUUGCACGUACCUAUGAGGUGAAUGUCGCCGAAUAUGAAACCGUCCAGAUCUACAAAGGUGAGGAUGACUCAAUCCUCGGUCCGGCCUUUGUGUCCUUCUUGGUUUUGCUGCUCUUUAUUUGGCUCAUGCUGAUGCUGAGCGAGUUUCGUGCCAUCUACAACUUUCUCUAUGUCGUUUGGUACACCCCGUCCACCAGCAAUGUUGAUCCAAGCUUCGCGUCCAUGGAGAACGACAAGUUGGUGAUCCAUUAUCUACCCAUCAGCCACAAGCUUUUCGCAUUAAUCGGGAUCCUGCUGCCAAGGUUCAUCAUCGGGUGUGUGAUCCUUACAGUGGGUACGCGAUUCCUCACGGCCACCAAUAACUUGCAAGACUUGGUCUUGAACAGCACCGCCUUGGGCUUCCUCAUCGAGGUGGACAACAUGAUCCACACCUCCUUGUUGGGCGAUGGCUUUGAAAAGCAUGUGAUGAACCGCAGCGAGCAGAUUGAGGUGCAAUCGGGCAUCCGUGGGCAACACGAGCCCUAUGGCGCGUUGCUACUCGCCUUGCUGUGCACGGCCGGGUACACUUAUUACGCGUACUACAACCCAUAUGGCUUGAAGGCAGUGGGCCAGGGCAUCGAAUGCCUGUGUCACUUAGAAGGCAACUGCUUUGCCCGAAAAUUGAUUGCGGAACCCGCCUUGUGAUGCCAUGAGCAAGCGGCCCGCUUCGUGGCAGUGAAACAACUGCCGCCAUUGCUUUGCUCAGACAGCGACAGUGGAGAUGUUGACAGAGAA